AUGGACAAUCUCGAGACACCCUCAAGCAAUAUCGAUGAGAAACUUCACCUGCAUUUGACGACCCCACCGGCAACCGAUACAAAAUCUCCCUCGUCCAUCCUCCAUGGCACUGUGGACAGCGCGACCGAGUCUCCGCGGGAGAUCCACGAAUGCACGCCCAAGAGCGACUGGAUAUUCCAAAAGCGCGCCUGGGAUAUGUCCAACACUGCGCUUGACUCAUUGAUGGAAAUGAUUGGACUGUGCGAGGUGAAAAAGAAGUUUGUCGAGAUCAACACAUUCAUCGCUACUUCAGGGAGACAGCAAGUUAGUCACCGUAAGAACAAAUUCGGGGCAGUUUUUAUUGGCAAUCCCGGCACUGGGAAAACAACGGUCGCGGAGCAUUAUGCGAAAUUCUUGCACGAGGCGGAUGUACUCCCGGUUGGCGACAUCGUGACAGUGAAUGGGACUCGACUUGCCUCAGAAGGGGUCCGGAGUAUUCAACGCCUGCUGGAUGAGGUUGAGGAUGGAGGUGUUCUUCUUGUCGACGAUGCUCAUCAAUUGCUUUCCUCUGGCACAUGUGACGGAACUGCGGUCCUCAAUGUGCUUCUAUCCCUGGUGGAGAGGUUAACUGGGAAGGUCGUUGUCGUUUUCGCUGGCCAUGGAAAGCAGAUGCUGGAGUUCAGAGGUCACCAUCCAGCUUUUUCGAGCCUUAUACCCACGACAAUAAAGUUUCCCGACUACCAAGACCAUGAACUUCAUCAAAUUCUUGUUCAUGAGCUGACGAUGAGGUUUGGUGACAAAAUAAGGGCCGAAGAUGGCCUGGACGGCCGCUUUAUGCGAAUAGUCGUUCGGCGAAUCGCCCGUGGACGUGGCCGAUAUGGAUUCGGAAAUGCUAGAGACGUGCAAACUGCAUUGUCAGUGAUCCUCCACCGACAAGCUGAUCGCCUCUUUCGAGAAAUGAAAGCUGGAUACAACAUCGACGAUUUUUUCCUGACCCAGGAAGAUCUUAUUGGCCCGGCCCCUUCAAGCGCAUUUGAUACUAGCACCGCGUGGAAAAAGCUUCUCGGGAUGGUAGGCUUGCGAGCCGUUAAGAAUGCGGUCGAGGCAUUAAUUCAUCGACUACAGCUCAAUUACGAGCGCGAACUAGACGAAAAGCCGUUGGUCGAAUGCUCUCUGAACAAACUUUUUCUCGGUAAUCCGGGCACCGGAAAAACAACAGUCGCGAAAUUAUAUGGUCAAAUAUUGGCUGAUAUUGGACUGCUCAGUAACGGCGAAGUCGUAUUGAAGAACCCUUCUGAUUUCAUUGGCAGCGCUCUUGGACAGUCAGAGGCGAAUACCCGGGCUAUCCUUGAUGCUACAAAGGGCAAAGUGCUCAUCAUCGACGAGGCAUACAUGCUUGGAGGUGGAGAUGGCAAUUCAGUCACAUCACCUGAUCCAUAUCGAGCGGCGGUCGUAGAUACAAUUGCCGCAGAGGUGCAAAGUACCUCUUGUGAAGACCGAUGCGUUCUUCUCUUGGGAUACAGAGAGCCUAUGGAAUCGAUGCUCAACAUCGUCAACCCGGCACUAGCGCGACGAUUCCCUCUGGCAUCUGCCUUUGACUUCAAGGACUACACGGAUGAUGAGCUACGGCAGAUACUCGAUCUUAAACUUAUUCAACAGGGGUUUUUGGCUUCCGAAGAGGCUAGGAAUGCUGCCUUAGAAGUCCUUCGGCGAGCUCGGAAUGGACCAAAUUUUGGUAACGCAGCUGAAGUUGACAUUUUACUAGAUCGGGCUAAGAUCAAUCAACAUCGGCGCUUUUUGGAGGGGGGGAGUCGAGAAAAAGGGGAUGUCCUUGAGCCACAAGACCUAGAUCUGGAAUUCGACAGAGGCAAUCCUGAACUGGGAAGCAUUAGAAGUAUUUUCCACGAUUUUGUUGGCUGCCAACAGCUUGUCGAAAGGUUAGAAGCCUAUCAGCGAAUUGCCAGAAACAUGAAGGUUCUUGGCCAGGACCCACGCGAGCAAAUACCAUUCAACUUCAUCUUCUGUGGCCCACCAGGAACUGGGAAAACAACAACGGCGAAGAGAAUGGGCGCAGUUUUCUAUGAGAUGGGCUUGCUUGCGACCAAAGAUGUUGUGGAAUGCUCUGCCACGGAUUUGAUAGGCGAGUAUGUCGGUCACACUGGACCAAAGACUAAGAAGGCUUUUGAGUCGGCCUUAGGACGGGUUUUGUUUAUUGAUGAAGCUUACAAACUGGCCGAUGGGACAUACGGGAAGGAUGCCGUUAUUGAAAUGGUCAAUAACCUUACCAAGGACCGGUACCGAAACAAGCUGGUAACAAUCUUGGCUGGAUACGAAGACGAGAUGAAUGAACUCAUGGAAGCCAAUCAGGGCCUGAUCGGACGCUUUCCUGAAGUCAUUCAUUUCAAGAAUAUCUCUGCCAGUGACAGCAUUUCAUUGCUAUACAAAACAUUGGAACUCAAGGGACUUGGCACGAUGAAAUUAAAAUCAUCUUCGGAGUUCCAAAGCUGCCUCGAGGUUUCCUUCAGAAGACUUUCUAUGAUGCCGUCCUGGGCAAACGCCCGCGAUAUCCACACGCUUUCCAAGGCGAUCUUUUCACGGAUAAUGCGAGGCCACACUCUCCCUUCAUCAUCCGACAUUCCCGAAGCUAUUGUGCGAGAGGAGAUUUCUUCUAUGAUUCAACAACGGCAUAAUCGAACAGCAGCAAUCAACUCCUCUCGGAAGCGAAAGGCAUCGCCUUCUGAGGAAGUAUCUGAUCAUGCCCGUGCACGAGCUCGACCACCGCCGAAGACCCACAUCCAGAAAAAUAUCGACAUAGUGAAGCCUGCUUCAAUGACGCCAACUACUGAGAAACAAGAAAUGGUGUUAAAAGCCCAAUCCCCGCGUGGGCAGAACGAGGAAGGACAAGAACCACCACCGAUGAACACACCUCGUGAUCCUAACAUCUCCGAUGAUGUAUGGAAUCAGCUGCAGUUAGACAAGACAGCAGCAAGGUUUCAUCAGGAGGGAAUUAGCAACCUUCGCAAGAUAACUGCUCGCCUGAGGUCGGAAGCUACAAGAUAUGAGUCAGUGAUCUGGCAAGCUGAUUCUGACUCUCAAGAAUCCGAAUCCCAGCAGAAGCUGACUAAAGUACGGCAGCUGCUGGAGAAAUUCCAAGAAUCGCUGGCAGAGAAGGAGAAAGCAGCCCAGGAAGAAAGGGAUAUUCAAGAGCGUCUCAAAGAGUUGGGAAACUGUCCCUUUGGGUAUGAGUGGAUUAGACAGCGCGAUGGUUAUCGGUGUGGAGGCGGAAUGCAUUUUGUGAGCUUUGGCGAAAUCUGAACAGGCCAAAUUUCAAUUCCUGCUAAUGAUAUGAAGUAAUGAGAGGGUGUUAAUAGUUAGUUGAGUGCUAGUUUGUUGG